CCGGAGACCCGGAUGGUGAGCGUGCGGGCCGGACCCGAGCGGACGCCGACACCUUGCGGUGCUGCGGCGGGCGGCUGAGGGCGCCGGGUGUUGACAACCAUUCUGGAUACUACACUUGGCAGUGUUGGUGACUGACAAGGCCAAGGUCCAGCAGACAGAUCACCUGCCCCACCAGAACUUACCCUUCGGAACCUGACUCCCUGCUGGCUAGGGAAGUAGCAGCCAGGGUCACUCAUCCAGGGAUGCACCAUGCCAAUCGUCGAUAAGCUGAAGGAGGCCCUGAAGCCUGGCCGCAAGGACUCAGCUGAGGAUGGAGACCUGGGCAAGCUGCUGGCCACCUCUGCCAAGAAAGUCCUUUUACAGAGGAUUGAGUUUGAGCCGGCCAGCAAGAGCUUCUCCUACCAGCUGGAGUCCUUGAAGAGCAAAUAUGUGCUGCUGAACCCCAGGGCAGAAGGGGCUGGUCGGCACAAGAGUGGAGAUGAGCUACAGGCCAGGAAACAGGGCAGCGAGCGUGCAUCUGGAGGGGAUGGAGUCCCGGCCCCCCAGAAAGUGCUCUUCCCCACAGAGCAGCUGUCCCUCCGGUGGGAACGCAUCUUCCGUGUUGGUGCAGGGCUGCACAACCUGGGCAACACCUGCUUCCUCAACUCCACCAUUCAGUGUUUGACCUACACACCGCCUCUGGCCAACUACCUGCUCUCCAAAGAGCAUGCACGGAGCUGUCACCAGGGAAGCUUCUGUAUGCUAUGUGUCAUGCAGAACCACAUCGUCCAGGCCUUUGCCAACAGUGGCAAUGCCAUCAAGCCCAUCUCCUUCAUCCGAGACCUGAAAAAGAUUGCCCGGCAUUUUCGCUUUGGGAACCAAGAGGAUGCACAUGAGUUUCUGCGCUACACCAUCGAUGCCAUGCAGAAGGCCUGCUUGAAUGGCUAUGCCAAGUUGGAUCGGCAAACUCAGGCUACCACUCUGGUGCAUCAGAUCUUUGGAGGCUAUCUCAGGUCCCGAGUGAAAUGCUCCAUGUGCAAGAGCGUCUCCGACACCUACGACCCCUACCUGGACAUAGCGCUGGAGAUCCGGCAAGCUGCAAAUAUUGUGCGUGCUCUGGAACUUUUUGUGAAACCAGAUGUCCUGAGUGGAGAAAACGCCUAUAUGUGUGCUAAAUGCAAGAAGAAGGUACCAGCCAGCAAACGCUUCAGCAUCCAUAGGACAUCCAACGUGCUCACCCUUUCCCUCAAGCGCUUUGCCAACUUCAGUGGGGGAAAGAUCACCAAGGAUGUGGGCUACCCCGAGUUCCUGAACAUCCGGCCAUAUAUGUCCCAGAAUAGUGGGGACCCUGUUAUGUAUGGGCUGUACGCCGUCCUGGUCCACUCAGGCUACAGCUGCCACGCUGGGCACUACUACUGCUACGUGAAGGCAAGCAACGGACAGUGGUACCAGAUGAACGACUCCUUGGUCCAUUCCAGCAACGUCAAGGUGGUUCUGAACCAGCAGGCCUACGUGCUCUUCUACCUGCGAAUUCCAGGUUCUAAGAAAAGUCCUGAGGGUGCCAUCUCCAGGGCAGGCUCUGCUUUUCCCAGCCGCCCAAGUGUCAUUCCAGAUCACACCAAGAAGAGCACUGGCAAUGGAGUGGCUUCCUCCCCACUGGCUGUGAAGCGACAAGACUCUAUGCCAAUUCGAAAACUGCAGGCCCCCGAGGAGACAGGUGUGCCUGUGUCCAGGAAUGGCUCUCUGCCAAGCCUGAAGUCACAAAAUGGAUACAUUCCUACAAAGCCACCCUUGGGGUCCCCCUCCUCCAGACUUAUCCUCACGCCUACACACAUGCCGGCGCUCCUGGACGAGCCAGGAAAGAAAGCAAAGAAGCUGGUGCCUCUGCAGCCCUCCUCUCCAUCCCUCCGGAUAUCUCAGGGCUCAUCUGGUGCCAGUGAAGCUGGGAGCCGGCGGCAGGGCUCCUGGGACAGCAGUGAUGCCAUCCUCUCUACCUCACCAAAGCUCCUAACCAAGGCCACAGUCAAUGGGCAUGGGCCAAAAGGAGAAGACCGCUCGGACCCAGAGAAGGGAGCUUCCAGCAGCUCCAGCCCAGAGCAUUGCACUAAUAGCGGCCCCACCACAGCUCCACAGACCCCCGAGCGCAGAGCUGCCCGCUUCAGCCAUUCUCAGGGAACAGACAGUCCCUCUGCUGGUCACGCCAAAGUGCCGCCUAGUGGAGCAGAUGCUAAGGCAGCAAAGCUGAAGUCCCCGGCCCUGGGCAGUACUGCCACGGAGCCCACAAGCCUCAUGUCUCCUCCACCAGCCAAAAAGCUGGCCCUAUCUGCCAAGAAGGCCAGCACCUUGCGGAGGGCGACAGGCAAUGACCUCCGUUCACCUCCCCCUCCACCAUUCUCCGACCUCACCUACCCCAUGAAAACCACUCACCCCGUCGUCGCCUCCACUUGGCCUGUCAGUAAAACCAGGGCUGUGUCACCUGCUCCCCAAUCAUUUCACCUACUGAAGCCUCUUGUCAGCCUCUCUUCAGCAUCAUUGUCCAGUAGUGGUCCCCAACCCCCAGGGACCCCUGAGCCACAGGCCCACCCCCCCACCUGGACUGCCCCGCCUCAGGUCAAUGGAGACUUCAUGCCCCUAUCACACCAGCUGCUGGAGACCAGCAAGGGCCCUCAAAGCCCCUCUAAGAAGAAGAAGAAGAAAAAGACCCUCAUGGGAGAGCCACAGGGGCCGGGCUCAGAGGCACACCUCCUACAGUACCUCAGGGGAGCAGCUGAUCGGCCUCGCAGGAGGAGGAAAAGGAAGAAGUGCCUCGACUCUGCAGCCACGGCCACCCUGCAGGAAGAGCGGACAUGGGAGCACCCUGGGAGCCCCAAGGGCAAGACAAAGGGCUGGCCAGAAUGGCCAGCCAGUGUGCAGACGGAAGAAGGCACACAGCCACAGGUGAAUGGCCAUCCAGUGAGUCAUGUCCUUGAUGGCCACCACAUAAGUAGCAGGAAAAGGAGGAAGACAGGACCGGAGGGACUCAUUGAAGAUGGCCUCCGUCAGGACCCACCUCAGCACAGCAGCUGCUCCCCCACAGAGCACAGGGAGCCUGGGACCAGAGCAGAGUCUCCAAGGAAAAAGAAAAGGAGAAAAAGAAAGCAUGAGUCACAGCAGGAAGAAGAGGACAGUGAGUCCCCGGAAGGCCGGAAGAGCCCGAGGCCCAUAAUCACCACAGAGCCCGAGUUGAACAUAAGCACUCAUCCAUCUCGGGACUACCUGGGAGUGGGACAAGCUCCACUUGUGCCCUGGAACAGAGAUCGAGAAUCUGACGUAGUCCAGGAAUUGCUUAAAUACUCAUCCGAUAAGGCCUAUGGGAGGAAAGUUCUGACCUGGGACGGUGAGCUGUCUGCUAUCAGUCAGGACGCCAUGGAAGACAGCAGACUGGCCCGGACCCAGACUGUGGUUGAUGACUGGGAUGAAGAGUUUGAUCGAGGGAAGGAAAAGAAAAUGAAGAAAUUCAAGAGAGAAAAGAAGAGAAACUUCAAUGCAUUUCAGAAGCUUCAGAGUAGACGUAAUUUUUGGUCUGUGACUCAUCCAGCCAAGGCCGUCAGUCUUAGCCAUCGUCUCUGAGCCCUUUGCUGACAAAUAGAGGUGACUAUUGUAUCUUUCAGCUCUUCAGGAUGCCGUGCGCUGGUGUCCUAUGUGGACCACUGAGGGUGACAGUGAGGAUGCGAGUCUCUUCUCACCUGGAGGAUCAGUGUUCCUGUAGCCUCCUAGAGCGGUCGUAUUCUAUAUCAUGGGUGCUGUCCAUCUAGAUCUGGAGUGCGGCCUCGUGGGCUUCGCUGCCCAGUCACCUCUGCACUGUGAGCUGUCACAGUGAGGGCUCGGGAACCACAGUCUCCAGUUGACCCUACAUAGAGAUCAUGUGGCUUCUGCAGCUCAGGACCUCUAGUGACAUUCACACAAAGAGCUGGCAGCCACCCAUGAGGACCUGGAAGGCCAAGCAUCAUGGACAGUGGAGUCUGUGUGACAAAGCCUCUACCACUGGUCAGGGGCUGUCAGAGCAGAAGAGUCAGGUGGUGUCUCCAGCACAUCCUUUGCUCAGGUGGUAGGCAUAUGCUUGGUAGCUCUUUCUGGUGAACUGUCCCUUGUUCCCUGAGGUGGGGACUGCCUCAUCCUGCAUCCUGCCCUGCCUGUGCCCUACCCACAGGGUGAGGGGCUGUGUAUGCCUUACUGUUAGGGCAGAAAGGAAGCCCCAUGCGACCCGCCCUGCCACUUCUUGUUCAGUGCAUCACCUCCUGAGAAGGUAGGGCAGAGGAGCCCUGGAAACUGUGUGCCAAUGCCCCCGCUUUGAAGGCUGCUAUCUAUUCUGAUGACUGUGGAGCUCCCCUUAAAGCUGCAAUAACCCACGGCUCCCUGCGGAGGUGGCGCAUGGGGGUGGACUCUCCGUUAUUUUACUACUUAAUAUAAAGCAUUUAUUUUUGACCAGGCCUGUGGCUUUCAGUAGCAAUGUGUUUUCCUAAUAUGCAAAUACUGGCUUUGUUUGCUCAAUUUUGUGAGUGCUUUUGAAUCUCUAUGAUUGUAUGACUCAAGAAGAGUCCUUUUUUUAUCCUGCUCAAGCUGUGCCUGCAGACUUAGACUGUCCUAUACAUCAGCCUUCAGUGAUGGUGGUUUCUCCAAGGGCUGAGGUGCAGGAGGUCUACCCCACAGGACAUGGCUCCUGCUUCCUAGGGCUCUGUGCACCUCCCUUGGGCAUUGCCCAUUCUACUUUGUCACUGCUGCCCUCCUGCUGAGGUAGAAGGAAGAACUCCGUUGUUCACGUGAGAAGAUGCAUUUAGUCUUUUCAUGGUGGUGGUUCUCUGGUCUUCCUUCCUGUUUCUGUAGUUCCCUUUAGGUGAGGGUGGGAGGGACAGGUAAUUCCAUUGCCUGGCAUGUGGGCCAGUUCUUCCAGCAGAAUACAGCAAGCCUUCAUGGGGACAGGUUUCAGAGUGGCUACAGGUGGGAGUGCAGGGGGGGCAUGCGAUGGCCUGGAAUUCUCAUCGUGGGAGGGAAGCAGGUGCCUUCCUAGGCAGGGCUUUUCUUUUCCUCUUGAGGUGUUGACACUUGUUCCUGUAUGAACUUGUUUCCUGGCCGUAUUUUUUUCUGUGAUGUUCUAUAGUCGAAAUGUCCACUAGCACAGAAUUGGCCUUCUUUCUUUCCCUCCCUUCUUUUCUCCAAAUCAUCCUUCUCCUGGCUGUGCUAGAUUGUGUACUAGGGAGAAGGCAUCAUGAGAGAGCAGGGCAGUGGGAAGCCAACUUCCACUGCUUGUUACAGCCAACCAGGGGCUAGGCAGGAUAGGGCCCAGAAAACCGUCUGAGUUCCCCAUGCUGUGUACAUAUAUAAACACAUUAAAGUAGCGCAAGCUUCUCUAAUAGUCAUUUGGGGGGUGAGAAUCCAGUUUUGACUUAGCUGUGCUUGGCAGAGAAGGUGGUCUGGACUGCUCAGAGAGCAGUGCCCCACCCCACCUGCCCCUCCCCAUGUUCCGUGUUGUUGGUGGGCACAGGAGUCCCUGCCCUCUGUACUUCCUCUUCAAGGCCUGGGGAGCCCUAGGCAUUGCCAAGACCUUGGUGCAAUAAAAUGCUGUGUUUUUGUGCGUCCU